GAUCUGCGUCAGAAAUAGGACGGAUUUCUAUUUUAGCCCUUGGCAACCGCAGAAGCUCGUUGGCGCGCGCGCAAUAAUUGAAUAACAUGGAUUUCUAAAUGUAUUUUGAGACCCUUGCGCACGCGACGUGUCGGGUCUGGUCAGCAUGUUACCACUCAAACGCGUCCUAUGUGUCCAACUAACUAACGUACCAAGCUGCUGGACUACUCUGGAUGUGAAAAUGAACGGUGUGUCUUUAAGGCGUCCUACUGCCCUGUAGAUGUGUGUUGCUGUGGCAGAGAAACUGACGCCCGGGACCCUGUAGUCCACGUUAUUAUUCCAUCCUGAACCGGCGAGGAAACUGGCGGCGUUGUGUUCAUAGCAGCCGUCAAUCAAAAACAAACGUCCCAAACUAUUGCAACUCUGUCGCGGUGGACAGACACACGUUGCAUUGCUGUGUGUUGAGCCGACCAUCAGGAUGAGGCCUGGUCAGCUGUGUGUUCUGGUCCCAGCUUCCACUACCCUCCUCUUCCUCCUGGUCCUGUCAGGACCUUCUCAGACCAGCGCCUGUAACAAGGCCCUCUGCGCCUCCGACGUCAGCAAGUGCCUCAUACAGGAGCUGUGUCAGUGUCGUCCAUCCGAUGGGAACUGUUCAUGUUGUAAAGAGUGUAUGCUCUGUCUGGGGACACUGUGGGAGGAAUGCUGUGACUGUGUUGGGAUGUGUAACCCUAAGAACUACAGUGAUACUCCAGCCACCUCCAAGAGCACAGUGGAGGAACUCCAUCGACCAAUCCCCUCGCUGUUCCGAGCCCUCACGGAGGGCGACGCCCCUAUCAACAUGAUGGUGGUGUCCUUUCCCGUUGCCGAGGAACUAUCUCACCAUGAGAACCUGGUCUCCUUCCUAGAGACUCUUGAUAACCAGCACCAGAACAUAUCGCUCCCCGCCAGUAGCAUCCACGGCAGCUACGACACUCAAGAUAACAUGUGUACGGUGGUCUACUUUGACGACUGCGUAUCCAUCCGCCAGUGUAAACUAUACUGUGAGUCGAUGGGAGGGUCGAAGUACCGCUGGUUCCACAACGCCUGCUGUCAGUGCAUCGGCCCGGAGUGUCUGGACUACGGCAGCAAGGCUGUGAAGUGCAUGAACUGUCUGUUCUGAAGACUGAUGGCUCCAUGGUGGUGGAGACUGGCACCAAAAAUAUGGACCAAAACAAUGGGUGGCUCCAGAGAGGGGCUACACGAUGCUGAAGCCUCCUCAAAAAUAGCCUAGUCCCCCCCCCAAAAAAAAAAUAUUGUAUUAGUACAUCAUAUAUGACAGGACCCCUUAGCUUGCCCCUUAGCUUGCCCCUUAGCUUGCCCCUUAGCUUGGCCCUUAAGCUUCCCCAACUUUCUGUUGCCACCGCUGACCAAACAUGAGAAGACUGACUGACACGGUCCAAUAUUCAUUGUAACCAUCAGAGCUAGCUGACUGAAUUUAUCUCUGAUGUGUGUUUUCUUUCAUGAGAGUGAAUGACGUCAAAUAUUUUCCUUCUUACUGAUUUAUUGUUUUAUCAUUAUUUUAUUCUGUGUAUGUUGUAUAUUUGAGAUGUUUUAAAAAAAACAUGUUUUUACUAGAGCUGUUUGUUGAUAAUGUUUUUUAUUUUACAAUAAUCGUGCCAAAUAAAAUGUUUGACUUGGUUUGUA